GGCGUGCCCCGCCCCAGCUGUAGAAGGGGCCGGGCCAGUGUUACUCGCGGCCCUCCGGGCUGGGCCCUUUUAUCUAGGCGCUGCUGGGGGUGGCUGGAGGAGGAGACACCGGGGGUGGCUCUAGGCACCGGCGACACAUUUCCUGGACUAUAAAUUGAGCACCUGGGAUGGGUAGAGAGCCAACGCAGACACCGGCGCCCUCAGUCACAGUCCGGCCACUGACUACCGCAGCGCCCUUGGGCGGCUUCCACUGGCAGAGAAAACACUGAACCGCCAAGAAUCAGGGGAUCUCGAGACGAAAGAGGCCGAGGCUCGACCCACCACCAUCACGAUCUUCCAGACAUCCAAACUAGAGAAGCCGCUCACCAGGGCUGGGCUGCCAGAGAAAGCAGAGUUGGAGAGGGUGUAGGAGGAGUCAGGAAUCCCCCCCUCACCGGCUAUAGCCAGGCUCCGGUGCAGGCCUUGCCUCGGAGAGCGCGUGAAGGCGGGCACCCCCAAGCCCGGGCAGACCAUCUUUGUGCCCCUGUGUCUCUGAGCUUUGGCGCCCCCGCGGCCAUCAUGAUGCAAAUCUGCGACACCUAUAACCAGAAGCACUCGCUCUUUAACGCCAUGAAUCGCUUCAUUGGAGCCGUGAACAACAUGGACCAGACGGUGAUGGUGCCCAGCCUGCUGCGCGACGUGCCCCUAGCUGAGCCUGAGCUAGACAACGAAGUCGGUGUGGAGGUAAGCGGCAGCGGCAGCUGCUUGGAGGAGCGCACGCCUCAGGCUUCCAGCCCGGGCAGCGCCAACAGCAGCUUUUUCGCGCCCUCCCGGGACAUGUACAGCCACUACGUGCUGCUCAAGUCCAUUCGCAACGACAUCGAGUGGGGUGUCCUGCACCAGCCGCCUUCCCCGGCAGCAGGGAGCGAGGAGAACGCGUGGAAGUCCAAGGACAUCCUGGUGGACCUGAGCCACUUGGAGAGCGCGGAUGCCGGUGAGGAAGACCUGGAGCAGCAGUUCCACUACCACCUGCGCGGGCUGCACACUGUGCUCUCCAAACUCACCCGCAAAGCCAACAUUCUUACCAAUAGAUACAAGCAGGAGAUCGGCUUCGGCAACUGGGGCCACUGAGGCGGGGCGCCCGUGGCUGCCCAGCACCGUCUCAUGGCUGCCUCUCACCCUCUCUCUUUCCUCAAAGCUAUUUUCUUCCUGGUUGUGGGGCGCGAGGGGCACAUUGAUUGCAAAUUUGGGCUAUGUACCUGCAGGGGCUCAGAGGGUAUGUGUGGAGGAGAGGGCCUCAUUCUCAAGAAGAGAAAACUCUUGGGAGAGGGGGGCUCGAGGAUCCCCCCACAAUGGGACUAUUUGUAUUGUUGGAAAUGGGACUGAGCUGACGCCCCACAUUCAGCCUGUGCCUUUCUUGGGGUUUCUUUUUCUCUUCUUAUUUCUGGAGGCAAAGGACCUGAGAAGGGGCCAUGCCAGGGCGCGGCGCUGGGUUGCCACACUUGGGAGCACAGCCCAGAGCCGGGUGCUGGGGAAGGCGGGGCGCGCAACCUCUUGCCCGCCCUGCUGUUGAGCCGGCUGAGGCCCUGGCGUUGCUAGGAUUGCGUCAGUUUUCCUGUUUGCACUAUGUCUUUUUGUAACAGUGGCCCUGUCUUAAGUAUUUCAAAUUCUCUUCUUGCUCCGAAACUUCAGCGAUUCCAUUGUGAUAAGCGCACAAAUAGCACUGUUGUUAACCGGUACUACUUUAUUAAUGAUUUUCUGUUACACUGUACAGCAAUCCUGUGGCACCCCACCCCAUCCCUUUCACACCACCCUGCCCCCACUCCCGUGUGUGUGAGCUGGAAGUGCGCCAGCUCGUAUGAAACUUGUACGAAGCUUGCCACUCAGUCAGUGAAAAAUAAUAAUGUUAUUAUGAGAAAGUGGAUUCAUCCCAAAUGGAACCAGCUGACAUUCUAUCUGUGCUGUACGUAGAAUGAUGAAGGGUUCCACCGUUGUUAUGUCUUAAAUUUAUUUAAAACUUUUUUAAUCCAGAUGUAGAUUAUAUUCUAAAAAUAAAAAAAAUCAAAUGUGUUAACUAAA